GUGAGAAAGCGACGACAGUUGAAGCUUUUGGCUAUGGGUCCAUUUUAUCUGCAGUUUUCUUUUCUUAUCUGAGUUAUUGGCAGGACGCUACACUGUCCACUAUCGUCCGAUAAUUAUCGGUAACCGAUUAUAUCAUCACCAUAGCAACCAUUUGAUGGUUUGGUUGCCUCGGGAUUUCGAACCGAUUGACGUUAGUUUCAGAAGCACCUGGAAAAAAGUGGAAGGAGACACCCCGCCGCUCUCGGUGGGUCAGAAGAUGAAGAGCUGCGCCGCCAACGCUCUGUCUGACUUCUUUUUCGAGUACGAGACCCCGCGGCAGGUGCUGGUGCGGAACAAGAGGGUGGGAGUGGUGUGCCGGCUCAUCCAGCUGGGAGUCCUGGCUUACAUCAUCGGAUGGGUUUUCAUCUACGAGAAAGGUUACCAGAUAACAGAAACGGCCGUCAGCUCUGUCUUCACCAAAGUGAAAGGCGUGGGUUCCACCAACAUAAGUGGGGUGGAGAGAGUCUGGGAUCCAUCCGACUAUGUCUUCCCUCCUCAGGGAGAUUCAUCUUUUGUCGUGAUGACAAACUACAUCCUAACUGAAAAUCAGACGAUGGGAAAGUGUCCGGAGCUUCCUGGAAGGUACAUCUGCAAGUCAGACACUGACUGUAAAGGAGGGACUUACAAUCGCACAGUAGACGGAAAACUGACUGGAGUCUGUGUGAAAGAAACAAAGACCUGUGAGCUGUUGGCUUGGUGUCCCUUGGAGGAUGAUCGGAACAUACCAAAUCCUCCUCUGUUGAUGAGUGCGGAGAACUUCACUCUGUUCAUCAAGAAUUCAGUCACUUUUCCUUUAUUUGGCAUCACAAGGAGUAACCUAGUGGAGGAAAUUGAUGGGAAAACUAUAAAAAACUGCCUCUUUGAUCCAGAUAAUUCUCCGCUCUGCCCUAUAUUCAAACUGGGAGACAUAGUGAAACUAUCUGGCUUCACCUUUGAAACAAUGGCUAAACAGGGAGGGGCCAUCGGACUUGUGAUUGACUGGACUUGUAACUUUGACUAUGAUGUAAAGAAAUGCAAACCCAAGUAUGAAUUUCAUGGUCUGUAUGGAAACCCUCGGGUGAAGGACACGUCCAAAGCUUCAGUGGGCUACAAUUUUAGGUAUGCAAAGUAUUAUAUGGGAGACAAAAUGGAGAAAAGGACUCUCAUGAAGGUUUUUGGCAUCAGGUUUGACAUCAUUGUGCAGUCACUGGGACGGAAAUUUGAUAUCAUUCCAACCCUGACUGCCAUAGGUUCUGGAGUGGGAAUUUUUGGAGUGGCAACUGUAGUUUGUGACUUAGUGCUGCUGUAUGUGCUCCCAAGAAGAGACUUUUACAAAAACAUGAAGUUCAAAUACACAGACACAGCUGCACAGCAGGAAUUGCGUGGUUUAGGCUCAUCUGUCUAUUACACCCUUGAAGCAAAUGCAAGACAAGUGCGACGCAAAGACAAGACCAACGAUCCAGAUUUGGACACAGGAAGCAUCAAGACAUCGGAAUAGCCAGCAUUUUUUUUUUUUUAAGCAAUAAAGCCAAGAAAAUAAGAUUGCUGACGCAUUGGCCGUUUGCUGUUCUUGCAAAGAAAUGACCUGGGAGCAAACAAGUUGCUUUAUAAGAUGUAGCACAGGGGAACCAAAGACUCAACUCACAAAAUGAAUAGACUCCUGGGCAAUAAAGGAACUCUGUCAGAUGUCCUUUCUCAGAGCGUCUUCAUCCAUCCUCAUCACCCCACUGUGUGACUCUAAAGAGCUACUACAGAGCCCCUCUGUGUGUGUACUUUUUUAGGUGUUUCUUUGUUUACAUUUGUUCAUUCUGUGGGUGUAACCUCCACCACUUUAAAUGUCCAUGACACACUGUGUUCAUGCAAGUCAUUGUCGAGUCUGUGUUUGGAUAUGCCAUGAUGCGUCCCACCCAGCGCACACAUGCCAUUAAGUCAAUAAAAGAGGUACGAUAACAACA